AUUCGCGUCAAUAAGGCCAUUUUGUACGAAAGUGGCGUAUACCAAAAACAUUAUGUCACUUCCCUAGUGAAUGUACUUGAGAUCAAGUACUUAGCUACUUGCAAAUUUUCUAAAGUACUUGGUUAAGCACUUGUCAAGCAUUUUUAGAUUUGAUACAUCCCAAGUGCUUGGAAGAACUUCAGAUACUUGCAUAUAUUUCGCAAGUACUUACCAUAUUACCUGCCAAAUACUUGAUGGAGUACUUAUCUAGUACUCAUACUUGUUAAAAUACUUGAUAAGUACCUUUUUUACUUGCAAAAGGCUCCAGGUACCCUGGACAUUACUUACACAAGUACCUUUCUAAGUACUUGAUCUCAAGUACAUUCACUAUGGUUAAACUAGUCAGCUGCUAGACUUUGCUUAAUUAAUAUCUCAAAAAAAAAUCUCUAAGCUACAAGAUACGACAUUCCCCAACUGAGUUGGGCCAACUCUGUGUGUUUCUUGGCUGAAGAGCUAUGAAUUUCACAAAAUAACUUACGUAGAUGUUGGCUUUUACGUGGACAAGCCUAUGUUAGAGAUAUGCAACUCGACUCGCACCCAAACGUUGGGUACGGGUACGAAGUUGUCAGGUACGGAUUGGGUACGGGUCUCGUUUUUCUUAAAUUUACUCGAAACCCGAAAGAUUUUAUUAGAAAACCACAAAAUUUUAGUGAAAAAAUAUAAGAUUUUAGUUAAAAUACAUCAAGUUUUAGAAGAGUUACUUGAGAACGUAAUGAUAACUUGACAUCAACAGCCGAAAAACAAAAGCUUUUAGUUGAAAAACGAAAAGGAGUAAAUUUUUAGGCAUAGGUCAGGUACGGGUCGGAUACGAGUGAAAAAUUUGUUUCGUUGGCUACAGAUCGGCAAACGGUACCCGUGCACAUCUCUGGCAUGUAUGUUUUAAAUAUUUAAUUUUUAUAAUGGAAAAUAUUUCCAUGGACUUGUAAGUUUCUUGACAGAACAUAUCAAAUAGGUUAGAUUUCAAGUGUUACUUUUUUAGUAGAUGACUUUUAUCCAGAUUUAUCUAACUCUUCAUCAAGACCACCUCAAGAAUGACAGUAGGUCAACACUGUAUCUUUACAGCACUUCCUAUGAUGAAUUUACUAUUGAGGACUUUUUUAUUUUAUUCAAAAAUAUAAGAACACUGUUUAACAGUUUCAACAAGAUUUUUUCUCUAAACAAUUAUUCAGGAUUAAUGAUGAAUUUGAUUGUAUAUUUUUACCUGACAAAUUACUGAUGAAAUUUAAUCUUCAGCAAAAGUCUUGUUUUCCUCUAGAAGUGUUUCUAAUUUUUCAUCUAUUUUCUAUUGCUUUCGAUCACUCGAAAUAUACUUAUACAGUGCUAGUCUUUAUUUUUUUUAGGAUGCAAAUGUUUAUAGUAUUCCGUUCGAUAAUACAAAAUUGUUUCUAAGUCUAAUAUAAAAAAAAGUUACAUUUUAUUCGAAAUACUACUACUUCGCACAAAUAUUUGAGCUUAAUUUAUGUGCCUAGUGCUGUUCAGAAAUAUAUCACAGUCAAAAUCUAACGCUUCAUUUUAUCCAUACGCUGUAGAAUUCAAUUUUUCCUUUUGUUCAAUAUUAUUUAAAAUCAUUUCUCAAUUGCACUAAUCUAAUGUAUUGUAUAUGUUGUUGUUUAUAUAGCUGAUGUUGUUAUAUCAUUUAAUUUCAUUUUUCUUUAUUACAUUGUAAAGGAAAUUUCUCUAUUAUUUUUCAUUGCCAACAGCAAAAAUUUAGUCUCAUUUUUUCAUAUAUAUUUUUUUUUAUUAGUAUUUUUAUACGUACAAUAGGUAAAUAGAACAGAUGAGAGAACAUACACAGAUAGAACAAAUUUUUGAAACAUUAUAUUAUUUAUAAGUUUAACGUUUGAUGUACGAAAACUAUUUUGAACAUCUUUUAUAAGUACAUAGUAUCUACAGUAGUACCAACUAAUGCUCCUAACAGGACUAACGAAUACCAAAUAACAAGUAUUUUAUUAUAUCUGACACCUACAUAUUUAGUCUUUGUAAUUGAAAGUACUUUAUUAACUAAAAAUGUAGAAUGUCCUAUCAACUGAUGAUGAACGUCAGCUCACGAAAUAUCGGAGAUCCUACUGUAGUGCGACAUUGAUUCAACUAUACCAAUGAAGGGAUAAAUAUGUUGAAUAUUAAUGUACACAAGAUUAUUUUGCUACUUUUAAAGUUGCGUAAUUGAGAAAUAUCAACUCUCUUAGAAGACUUGGAAUACGUCAAGUACUUCUUUCAGUAGUUGAUUUUCAGAUGUUAAGUAAAAUAAGACAUUUUACUAGCUUUCUUUACUAUCGUUUUUGUUUUUUUGUUCAAGAAUUACGUAUUAGAACUAACAAAAGAUAAAAACUUAAGCCAUAAACAAUUGUUUUAAUCACGAAGAGAAUGGCGUUGAUUGAGCUGAAAAGGUUAUAGACCCGAUAAAUUCGUUCUAAUUGUUGUACAUUUUUUUGAGUUUAGUUUUUUAAUCGUUGUGUAUAACAUCGUUCGAUAGAAAGAAUGUUUUUUUUUUACUUCUCUUUCGCAAUAAUAACGCGAUGUUUACUCUUUUUUUUUUCAUCUCUGUUAUUUUAAUCCCGUGAUUGCUUAAAGUAAUCUCAAUGAGAAGAACGGCGUGGUUGUUGUUUUGUUUUGCUAUUUGAAGUAUUUUUGCAUAAAGGAUAGUUUUCUUUUAUUUAUGUCACUCAUUGUAUACGAGAAAAUAAGGUAUGGCUAAUUUCUAAUGAGGAACACGAAUGUAAUUCCAAUACUCGUGGUUCUACACUACAUGUAUUUAAUACUACCUAUUUUAAUAGAGUAGUUACUUGAGUUCUAAAAAUAUUUAAAUUUAGUUUUUGUAUAAUCGUUCAUUCGUCUUUGUUUCUCUUUUGAUGUUGUUUGAUCUUACAAAGCCAAUUUGGGACGAACUGAGAGGACACCGUUCUCUAACAUUCAUAUAAAAGUAUAAUUAUUUUCGCUAAAAUCUGUCAUAUUUCAGUGCAUUAAACAAACAUAGAAUUAUUUUCUUAUUUUUCAACUAUUAAACAAACUCAUAGACAUUUAUUGUCAGUCAUCUCAAACUAAUAGGGUCAUAUUAUAUAUGUUAUUUACUAACGUCUGAACUCUAUUAAACAAGGGAAUCUCCAAGUGUUCAAAAGUUGAUUGUUGUAUUUUAUUGCUGUAUGUAUGGCCUUUUUCUUGCUUCUUUUCUUUCUUUUUUGUAUGUGUGCGUAUGUGUAUGAAUGUUUUAUCCGUUGUAAAUAUACUAAAGCACAUCCGUUUUGUUUAUACGCAACUGAUUCUUUACCUGUUCAAUUUUCAAAUGGCAUCUCUUUCGUUCUUUCCGCUCGAUAAGAUAGAUCUUUUGCCCGAGAUUAAUAAUCUAUGUUAAACUUGAAAAAAAAUUAUUGUUCUGGAUCUUCCGUGUUUUAAUUAAUUAAAAAACAUCUAUAUAUCUAUCUAUAGGUACACAUAUAUAGUUAUAUUAAAAUGCUGAAGUUAGUUGACAUAGUAGAAAAAAAAAGUGGUGCAGACUUUUCUUUUUGCUCAUCAAAAAACUCAUUGAAGCAAAAAUGAGGUGUUCGCCACACCACUAUGGCUUUUUUUUUCUCCUUUCAUUUCGGGAUUGUUUUAUUUUUCUUGAAAGGUAAAAGAAAAUCUUAUUCUGCAAUAUAAUCUUAUAUAGAACAGUAAAAGAGUUCAUUUUCUUUUUUAUGUCAAUAUAGCAGAAAAAGAAGAAAAAAAAAUAGUUUGACAUGCUCAAUGAUAAAUUUUUCAGUGGCAAAGUUUCAGUAAUAAUACAACAGAAAUCAUUAUUAUUGACAAUUUCACAGUAAGACAUCAUUUAAGAGCUAUUUUUGUAUUUAACUGAUCAAACAGUAAAACAUUCGACUUGUCUAUCAUAAAUGUUAUGCUUUUUCAAUUUCUUCUAGUUAACAGACGACUUAUUUUGCAGAUUUUUUGAAAAUUUCAUUUUAUUUUUUUUCACAGUAGUUGUUAUUCAAGUUGUAUUUUCAAAAUAAAUGUAAACUUGUACAUUUUAGAAAUUUAUUAAACUUUUAAACUCUGAAGUGUCACAGGUGGUUAUAGUUAUACUACCCCUGAAAACCAAGAGAGGAGCAUUUCUGGUAUGUCUGCGUUUUUCCGAUUGUUUUUAAUUUGUUGAUUUUCCCUUGUCGGCACUGUUGUUCUUGUUAUUCUUACUUUCGUCAUUAUUUAUUUAACUUUAAGGAAUUGUUAUACCAUAACCUGAAGAAAUAACUUGAACAAAAUCUCUAAAUUACUUAUAAAUAUCGUGGUUUUAAUCGUGAGAAAUAGAUCAAUCUCAUUAUUGAUCACUAGUAGUAGCGGAGUUUUGUCCUCAUUUCAUUUGUCAUAGUUAUCAAUGUCGCCGCUGUAGAGUUAGUCAACAAUUAAGAACAUCUCUGAUUAAUAGCUUCAGUCCAUCGUAAUUGAAUUUACCCAAUAUUACCUUAACUAUAGGAGAUGAUGUACCAUUUUUCUCUCAAAAAAACGACAAAUCGUUAUACUCUACUAUUUUAUAAACUACGCUAUACAACUUUUUUAACUAUUAUAACAUAUACUAAUGGUGAAUAAUAUUGUGCUUUUUUUUGUCCUUUUUAGAGAAUUCAUUCGUUGUCAAUGAAGAUACAAAUGGUUCAUAUACCUUUAGUUUAGAACAGACAAAACAGACUAUCAAUCCCAUAAAAACAGUACAAUCUACAGCGAAAAAAACUUCUUCAGAUAGUCCUGUCUCUUCGUCAUCGCUUAAAACAGCAGCUACUAAAACUCAACAAUCAUCACUUUCAUCUCCUACCAAAAAUACUACUGUUGAAAAUCAAACAUUAACUAAUAAAAACAAUUUAUUGAAUGAAUUAUUACAAAAACGUACCGAAGUACAACCUAUUCUCAAUAAAAACUCAUCUAAAACUAAUGAGCUAAUUUCUCCUCUUUCUUCAUCCGGUGCUAAAGAUCAACCCACAGAAAACCAAGUUAAAGAGAAACAAUAUCCAUUACCCAAAACUGAACCACCACCACCAGCAAAAGCGCUCAGCAAAAAUCGUAUCAACGAAUUUGCUAAUUUACUAUCAGCAUCUGUCCAUUUAACGAAACCGUCGGAACCACAAAUAUCAGUCAAAAAACAACAAGCAAUCAUUAAUAGAUCAAAUCCAGCCAAAAUAACUAGUACUACACCAACAAUACAUUCACCACCAUCUCCUACUCGCUCAGAAGAUCAAAGUUUUACAUCUGUACCAUCGUUAAGCAGUGAUCGUGAUGAACGUGAUUCAUAUCAUACAGUAAAAUCAAAUAAUUCUGACAAAACAACAAUCGAAUCGAAACCUAUUGAUGCACGCUACAGUGAAAAAAUUGAUGAUCGAACAUCUAUAACAAUAAAAACAUCAAAUAUCAAGGCAUUAUUUGAACAAAAGCUAGCUCUAAAUGAUGGUACAAAAUCACUAUCAGCGUCUAAUGAACAAUUAUUAAAUUUUUCGUCCGACAGUAGUAGUAAUUCAACAACAAGAGAACAUAAACGAGUCCCAGUAUCCUACGGUAGUUUAAAGAAAUCCAUACAAACAAACCAGUCAACAACCACAUUGAAUAGAGAUCAACAAAAUCUAUCACCAAAUCAGUCACCACAUUUGAGAAAAUUACCGCAAAACGAUUUGACAAUGGCAACGAAUAACUACGGCAAAUAUACGGAUCAUGCAUCGAAAGAUGUUGUUAUAGAAGAUAUAGCGCCUGAACGUUCAUUAUAUUUCAAUACAAACUAUCACAUGAACGAUACAUUACGUUCGAAUGAAUCAACUCCAUGUUCAUCAACAAGCAGUCUAGCAUUUGAAAAAUUUAAUAUUAAACCUCAAACACGUUCUCCAUCAGAAUCUCUGAUAGCUAAAGAAAUACGGGAAUCAAACGAAAAAGAAGAAGAACUCAGACGACAACGUAAAAAAGUCGGCUUAAAUUCUGAUCAAGAAGAAAAUGGAUCGAUAGUGCAGAUUGUACCAGAUCGAUCGACGACAGAUACGACGCGCAAACGAGAGACUCGUAGUAAUACAUCAUUCUCAUCAAAUUUAGACUUUUUUACUUCAAAAGCAGCAUCUUCGACUGUAUCAUCACCAUCGUUAAAUCGAAAUACAACUUCAAACGGUUUUAGGGGUGAACGUCGGCCAUCAACUAACACAACAGCAACAACAAUACCACCAGAUCCUAAUCUUAUUUAUGAUUCAUCAGCAUUCUCUAAACCAUCAAGAUCAUCCCAUCAAACGGAUAUAAUUAAUCGUCUUCAUGAUUCAUCCCAAGAUCGUGAAGAUGAAUUAAAACAUAUUAGUCCCGUUGUCACUAAAGAAUUGAAUCGUUUUAAUGAAAACGGUAUAGGAUUAGUUCGUACAUCAUCGACAAAUCUAAUUUUACAUCGUUCAUCAUCGAAUAAUACAUUGCCCAUUAUAGCGAAUGUUGUCCAACGUGAAAUUGAAUUAAAUCGUAUAAAAGAAGCUGAAUUAAGAGAAUUAGGACGUAUCAUUCAUACAUCCGAUGAACAUUCCGAUCCAAGAAAAUAUACAGAACAAAUACCACAACAAAAUGAUAAUAUAUCAAAAAGUCGUUCGAUUAAUAUGUUAGUUAAAACACGUCGAGAUAGUGGAUUAAAUAAUCGUUCAAAAAAUGAAUUUGAUUUUCAUAAUCAAUCUCGAACAAGUCCAUUCACAGCACAUACGAAUAAUAAUGGUAUUUCGAAUCAAAAAAAUGUUUAG